CCAUGUCUUCAUAGGCUUACUUGCUACGGUAAUCCUACUUAUUAUCUAUGUGGGAGUGGUCUUUCUUCAGUUAAGGAAGUUUACAUGGAUAUCGAUUUGAAUUGGACCAUGGAUAAACCGGAGUUUCCUUUGAUUCUACUUAGCUGGCUGCAGAAUCUUGUUGAUAUGACAUCAUUGUCUGUUACUACAAAUACUCUUCAGGUUCUAUUCUUAGUUCCUGACUUUUUGAAGAUUAAGCUCCCUACAUUGGCUAACUUGAAGAUAUUCAAAAUAAAAAAGGUGCGACUUUCAGAAGCUCUGAGAGGCAUGGUGAUAAAGAGGAUGGAGAGACAGAUGGUAACCACUAAGUCACGGAUACAAGCUAUCAGGUUAGUGCUUGAAAUUGGCAAGUGGAAAGCAAGGAACGAGCCAUUUGCACCUUUCCCUGAAGGAUUCUCAAAGUUCUUAGAUUUACAAGUACUGCCGUUUGGAACUAUAGUUGAAACCGAACGUCGCUAAUGUGAAUUUGGCAUUCAA